CUUCCCUCUCUCUCUCUAAGGUCCUCCUUUGUGUUUUGAAGGGGUUUGGGGGAAUCUUUCACUCUCCUUCUCCCUUCUAUUUCCUCUCUGUUUCUUUAGGGUUUCUGAAUGGAUCCCCGAAGUUAGGGCCCUCUCAUCACUUUCUCUCACCCACCCUUUUAUUCCUCUGUCUUGAGGGUUUGGGGGGACUCCCUAAAGUUGAGGCCUGUUUCUUCAAAGUGGUCUCCCUUGUCCUAUCCAUCACUCUCUUCCUCCCUCUUCUUCUCUUGGAGAACCUCAAAGUUGAGCAUCCUCUUGCUCUUCUUCCCUCUCUCUAUUGGGGGGUCUAAAGUUGGGGGACCAUUCCUUAUCUGUCUCCCUUGUCCCCUCCAUCACUCUCUUUUUCACUCUCCUUCUUUCCCUCCUUCUUUGGGGACCCUAAAGUUGGGGUCUUCCCUGUUCUCCAUUACUCUCUUCUUCCCCCUCCUCCUGGGGACCUCAAAGUUGAAGAGCAUUUUUUUCUCCACUCCACCACUCUCCCUCUUUCUGUAUCCUUUCUUUGUGACUUGAGGGUUUGGGGCACCCCCAAAGUGGGACCAUUCCUCAGGGGUCUUCCAUCUCCCUUCCAUUACACUCUUCCUCCAUUUCCUUCCCUCUUUCCUUCUCUUGGGGACCCUAAAGUUGGGGGACAGUUCCUUAGCAGUCUCCCUUGUCCUCUCCAUCACUCUCUUCCUCCCUCUCCUUCUCUCCCUCCUCUUGGGGACCAUAAAGUUGGGGGACCAUUCCUUAAUGGUCAUCCUUGACCUCUACAUCACUUUCUUCCUCCCUCUCCUUUUCCUCCUUCUCUUGGGGACCCUAAAGUUGGGGGACUGUUCCUUAGCGAUCUUCCCUGUCCUCCAUUACUCUCUUCUUCCCCCUCCUUCUCUUGGGGUACCUCAAACUUGAAGAACAUCCUUUUCUCCCCUCCAUCUUUCUCCUCUUUCUAUAUCCCUUCUUUCUUUGUGUCUUGAGAGUUUGGGGGACCCCUAAAGUGGGACCAUUCCUCAGGGGUCUCCCAUCUCCUCUCCAUCACACUCUUCCUGCAUUUCCUUCCCUCUCUCCUUCUCUUGGGGACCCUAAAGUUGGGGCACUGUUCCUUAGCAGUCUCCCUUGUCCUCUCCAUCACUCUCUUCCUCCCUCUGCUUCUCUUGGAGAACUUCAAAGUUGAAGAGCAUCCUUUUCUCCCCUCCCAUCACUCUCCCUCUCUCUCUGUAUCCCUUCUGUCUUUGUAUGUUGAGAGUUUGGGGGGACCCCCAAAGUUGGUGGGCCAUUCUUAAGGGGUGUCUCCUCUCCUCUCCAUCACGCUCUUCCUUUCUUUCCUGCUCUUGAGGACCCUAAAGUUGGGGGACCGUUCCUUAGCGGUUUCCAUUGUCAUCUCCAUCACUCUCAUCCUCCCCCUCCUUCUCUUGGAGAACCUCAAAGUUGAACCUUUUCUCCCCUCCAUUGCUCCCCCUCUUUCUCCCUGUAUCCCUUCUUUGUGUCUUGAGGGUUUGGGGGGCCUCCAAAGUUAUGGGAACCAUUCCUUAGGGGUCUCCUUUCUUCUCUCCAUCACACUGUUCAUCCCUCUCCUCUCCUUCCUUCUCUUGGGGGACCUCAAAUUUGGGGGGCAUUUCUUAGGGGUUUCCUUCAUCCUCUGUCUCUCUCUUUUUUCUUCUCUUGGGAACCUCAAAGUUCUCUUGGGGAUCUCUCCAUCAUUCUUUUUCUGCCUCUUCUCCUUCUUUUGGGGAUCCAAAAGUUGAGGAGCAUACUUUUCUCCCAUACAUUACUCUCCCUCUUCCUGUCUUUUUCUGUAUCCCUUCUUUCUUUGUAUGUUGAGGGUUUGGAGGGCCCCCAAAGUUAGGGGACCAUUCCCCAGGAAUCACCUGUAUCCUCUCCAUCACUCUCUUCCUCUCUCUCUUACUCUUGGGGUACCUCAAAGUUGAGGAGCAUCCUUUUCUCCUUUCCAUCACUCUCCCUCUCUUUUGGUAUCCCUUCUUUCUUUGUGUUGGUGGGCCAUUCUUUAGGGGCCUUCCAUAUCUUUUCCAUCACUCUCUUACUCCCUCUCCUUCGAUCUUGCAUUUUCUUGGGGACCUCAGAGUUGGGGAGCUGUUACUUAGGGGACUCCUUCAUCCUCUCAUCCCUCCCUCUCCUCCUGGGGACCUCAAAGUAGGGGAGGGAAUUCUUUUCUCUCUGUCUCUCUCCCUCUCUUUCUUUGUAUCCCUUCCUCCUUGUGUCUUAAGGGUUUGGGGGAUUCCCAAAAUUGAGGGGCCAUCCUUUGGGAGGCUCUCCAGCAACAUCCAUCUCUCUCCCUCUCGUGUCCCCCCUCAUUCCUCUCCUUUUGGUCUUGGGAUCUGGGGACACCCCCUAAACGUUGGGGUGUCCCCCAAAACGGACUGGGAGUCAUGGAGGGGCGCAAGAAGCGACGCUCCCGCUCCCAACGGGACCGGGCCAGGCACUCCCCACAUGGAUUACAACCGGAAAGGCUGGCUUUGGGGACCACAGAAGAAGGGGAUCCCCCACGAAGGACCCGCCGUCCCCCUCUGCUCCCUCCAUCAUGGCUUUUCUCCUCCUCGGGUUCAGAGCUGGAGCACCGUGGGCCCCCUGCCUCAUCCCGGCCUCGCCCCCCAAGGAGGAAGAGGAGGCCCUCUUCCUCGCCCGAAGAGGACAUCAUUGACGGCUUCGCCAUGGCCUCCUUCGUCACCCUGGAUGCCCUGGAGAAGGAUGUAGUUGUGAAGCCCCAUGACCCCGUGGAAGACCACCAGAAUCCCUUGGUGAAAAAGAAACGGAACAUGCUUACGAAUGGACUGUCGUAUCAUCUGAAAAAAAAUAGCCUGAACCAUCAUCACUACAGUUCGGACCGGGAGAACGACCACAACCUUUGUCAGCACCUCAGGAAAAGGAAGAAGUUGUUGAAAGGUCUCCGACAGCUUAAUCCAGGCCAGAACAGCUGCCGGGACAGUGACAGCGAAAGUGCCAGUGGUGAAUCCAAAGGCUUCCAUCGGAGCAGUUCCCGAGAGAGGCUCAGUGACACCUCGACGUCAUCUAGCUUGGGAACAGGCUAUUUUUGUGACAGUGACAGCGAUCAAGAAGAAAAGGCUUCUGAUGCCAGUUCUGAAAAGUUGUUCAACACAACUGCAAACAAAGAUACAGACUUAGGAGUUGGUGCACUGAAAGAAAAUGAAGAGGAAGAUGCCAGGACGUUGUCAGUCCCCAAAAUAUCUGGAUUAGAACGGAGUCAAGAGAAGAGUCAGGACAGCGAUAAAGAUCAAUUGCUUGACCCGGUUGUGCCUCAAAAUCUUUGCCCUCAGGAUUCUCAGCCUUUGAUUCCUCCUCAUUUGGAACCGUCGUCAGAGACACAUUCUCCCAAACCUGCUGUUAUCCAGCUAUCGGAGCCUUCUAAUCCUUCACAAUCUGAAGCAACCCAGAAGCUUCAGAGCUCAGACGUGGACCAACAUCCUCCGGUGCCUCCAUCCCAAGUACAGCACCCACUGAGACCGCUUUCUUCUGGACAGCCAGCAAAUCAGAGUCUGCCGUCAUCCCAGCUGCGUCCUCCGUCCUGCAGUCUUGCACAACAGUUGUCAUCGUAUAACAGUAGCAGCUUGAGCCUCAACAGUUUGAGCAGCAGCAGAAGCAGUACGCCCGCCAAGGCUCAGCCUCCUCCGCCUCCACCAGCCCUUCCACCUCCGCAUAUCGCCCACCACUCCUCAGCAUCCCCCUUCCCCCUUUCCUUACCAAACCACAGCCCACUCCAUACAUUUGCUCCCACCCUCCAGCCUCCUACACACUCCCAUCACCCCAAUAUGUUUGCCCCUCCUACGGCAUUGCCCCCUCCUCCUCCUUUGACAUCGGGGACGCUGCAGGUUCCAGGCCAUCCUGCUGGAAGCGCUUACUCAGAGCAAGACCUUCUCCGCCAGGAACUCAACACUCGAUUUCUGGCUUCCCAGAGCGCGGACCGUGGUGCCUCGCUGGGUCCGCCACCCUACCUGAGGACCGAGUUCCACCAACAUCAGCAUCAGCACCAGCACACGCACCAGCACACGCACCAGCACACCUUCACCCCUUUUCCCCACGCCAUCCCGCCCACCGCCAUCAUGCCAACGCCAGCACCUCCCAUGGUGCGUACCCCAGGCAGAAAUUUUGACAAAUACCCUACAAAAGUUGACCCUUUCUACCGUCACAGUUUAUUCCACUCCUACCCUCCGGCUGUAUCAGGGAUCCCUCCUAUGAUUCCUCCGACGGGUCCUUUUGGCUCGCUCCAAGGAGCAUUUCAACCCAAGACUUCGAAUGCUAUUGACGUCACGACCAGACCUGGAGCUGUCCCACAUACCCUUCUGCAGAAAGAUCCACGGUUGACUGAUCCAUUCAGGCCCAUGUUGCGGAAACCAGGGAAGUGGUGUGCUAUGCAUGUCCACAUUGCAUGGCAGAUAUACCAUCAUCAGCAGAAAGUAAAGAAGCAGAUGCAGUCGGAUCCCCACAAACUGGACUUCGGCCUGAAACCUGAAUUUCUGAGUCGACCGCCGGGUCCGAGCCUCUUUGGAGCGAUCCAUCAUCCUCAUGACUUGGCUCGACCUUCAACCCUCUUCUCUGCAGCCAGCGCUGCCCACCCCGCCGGCCCCCAUUUCGGACCCCCGGCCCACCACAGCAACUUUCUCAACCCAGCGGCCCAUUUAGAGACUUUUAAUCGGCCCACCACAUUCACCAGUCUCGCAGCUGUGAGCAGCAAUGCCUUCGGGGGACUCGGGAACCCUGCUGUUACACCCAACGCUAUGUUCGGCCACAAGGAUUGCCCCAGUAUGCAGAGCUUUAGCAACCCUCAUGAGCCCUGGAACCGUCUGCACCGAACUCCUCCUUCGUUCCCGACCCCUCCGCCCUGGCUGAAGCCAGGUGAGCUGGAACGCAGUACCUCUGCGGCAGCUCAUGAGCGAGAUAGAGAUCUAGAUAAAGGAGACUCUUCUCUUAAUAAAGAGGACAAAGAAAGGGAGAGCAUUGAGAAGAGACAUUCAAGCCAUCCUUCACCUGCACCUCUUCAUUCAGUGAGCUCCCUUGGACAUAGCCGAAGCUCAGCUGAGCAGAUCCGGAGUAGUCACUUGAACCCCGAAGUCCGGGAGAAAGAGAAGAACAAAGAGCGGGACAGGGAACACUCUGACUCUCGCAAGGAUGCCAGCACCGAUGAGCACAAAGUUAAGGACAACUACAUUUCGGACAAAGACGGCCUGACUCACGAGAGCAGGCCGUUGGAGGAGUCUAAACAGGCAUCGAGGGUGCCUUCGCCCUACACCCGGCCUCCGGUUGCGGAGAACACCAGACCUAACAGCACCUCUAGCCGGGAGCCUGAAAAGAAGACUGAAACCGCGUAUGAGAACCUAAAGAAAUCCAGUGAAAUCAAAGUGAAGGAGGAGAGGAAGGAAGACCAUGAUAUCCCGCCUGAACCGCCGCAGCCUCAUCGACCGUCGGAGCAGCCACUACCAGUGCCCACAUCUGGCGUCCACCCAGGCCCCUUGGUCUCUAUGCCUAUGACUGUUGGUGUGACUGGGAUCCAUCCCAUGAACAGCAUCAGCGGCCUGGACAGGACUCGCAUGAUGACGCCUUUCAUGGGGAUCAGCCCUGUCCCGGGCGGGGAACGCUUCCCUUACCCGUCGUUCCACUGGGAUCCCAUGAGAGACCCCUACCGAGACUUGGACCUCCACCGGAGAGACCCUUUAGGGAGGGAGUUCCUCCUGAGGAACGACCCGCUGCACCGCCUCUCGGCACCCCGGCUGUACGACGCGGAGAGGCCUUUCAGGGACCGAGAGCCGCACGACUACAAUCACCACCACCCUGCCCUUUCCAUCGAUCCUCGGCGCGAGCACGAGCGGGGGGCUCACCUGGACGAGCGGGAGAGGCUGCACAUGCUCCGAGAGGACUACGAGCACGUGCGGCUCCACUCGGUUCACCCAGCGGCCCUGGACGGCCACUUACCCCAUCCAGGUUUACUCACCCCAGGACUCCCAAGCAUGCACUACCCCAGAGUCAGCCCCUCGUCCGGACUCCCGAACGGGAUUCUCAACAAAACGCCCCCUACCGCAGCUCUGAGUGCGCCUCCCCCUUUAAUUUCCACUCUGGGACCUCGGCCGAGCUCUCCGCGAAGGACUACCCCUUUGUCGACAGAAAUGCGGGACAGGCCGCCCUCCCACACACUGAAGGACAUAGAAGCGCGAUAAGAGGACAUUCUUCGGUGGGAAAUCUCUCCAGUCUCUUACUCGAUAAAUGUAGACUUUGGUUAUGGCCCAGCUGUACAAAACGCAUACAUCCAGGCGCGUGGUAGGUUGGUUUGUUUCCUUGGGUUGUAUAUGAUAUGUUGGAAGCGAGUUUGCAUCUUUUCUAUCAUUUUGAACAAAAGGUUUUGAGUCCAAUACUUAGGUUACAAAUAGGCAAAAUUCAAAUUUUCUCUCUCCUUCUUUCUCAAAGUCGAGAUGAAGUUUGUUUUCCCACCGAGAGUGGAGCUUGUUUUUCUUCCUUUUUUUUGAAAUGUUAUUUCCUGGGUGAUUGGGUCAUAUAUGCAAACUGGGUAAGAUGAAAGCUUUACUUUGUAAAUAUGUAAAAUAGAAGACGCUAAGUAACAUAAUGCAUUAAUACUUCUUGAACUGUGCUCUUUGCAGACUUUUAAUUAUUACGUGGAGCACCGCACUCCGUUGGCUGCAGCGCCUCUUUUUUUUUUUUUAAGACAGCUAAACCCCUUCAACUAUGCAAUGAAUUCUACGGCUUUUUCAUGAAAGCCUCUUUUCACUCAAACGGAGCCUUGUCGAUACACUCAACCACUCGCUUAAAGUCAUACUUUCCCUGAACAAACCCGCACCUCUCUCUUACAUAUUUUUUUAUAUAUAUAAGAAAUAAGCCAUCCUAAGAAUAGGAUUCUAUUCCGCACACACAACAUUGGUAUCAACGUCUGCUAGUGGGGUUUUUUUACACGACUGGUACGGCAUUUAGUUGAUUCCAUCUGGGUUCAAACAACAGAAAAGGAGAUUCCACCUGAACAUAAGGAAGAACAUCCUGACCUGAAGCAGAGCAGUUCAAUAGCGGAACUCUCUAACUCAGGCUUUUUAAUAGAUGGCCAUCUGUCAGGGGUGCUUUGAUUGCGCUUUUCCUGCAUAGUAGGCGGUUGGACUAGAUGGCCCAUUGGAAUCAGUGGUGAACUCCAAUUCUAUUAUUCUGAUUUGGAAUACAAGCUUUAUAGGUAUUUUUGCUAGGUAAUUGAGAUAAAGCGAUCGUCAACCAGAUGCCUUUAUCUCAACUCUUUCGACCUUCCGCAGACUCUGUCUUGAAGGUACGAAGAUAAACGGUUCAAACGAACUCCAUAAAUCAGCUUUCAACGAAAGCGGUUCUCUCUACUUUAUUUACAAUAACUAUGUACAGUCUUGAAACAUGCCCGAUCCGGUCACAUCAUGUCAAUAGAACAGAAUAGUUUUCUGGUUGGUACAGGAAAUGGUAUAACUGGCCUUCUAGCAAUAUUCCGCCCCUCUAUUACAUUAACUCAUUAACUUCUGGAACAUUUCUGACAUACGCCGUUUAAACUAUAGUAGAGUCUCGCUUAUCUGACCUUCGCUUAUCCGACAUUCCAUCUUAUCCAACGCUCUUAUCCGACACCCCUGUUUCCUCCAGCAUUUCCCCUUCAAUUAAAGGAGCGCUCCCCAACUUUUUCCAUUUCCAAUAAGUGAAAAGGCAAGACGAGGAGGAGGGAGGAAAGGGGGAAAAGAGGCAGGACCAGAAGCGGAAGUGUCCUCCCUCCUUCCCUCAGGGAUUUCCACACUCCUCUUCUGCAUCCGGACACUUCCUGCUGGGCCUCUCUAGCCCUGGGGCAUUGCCUUGCUUUAACUCUUUGAGUCUCUGUUAGUAUUUUGGGUGUCUAGUGCCACGUUGGACGGGUAACAGUAGGUGACUAUAUUAUCCAACAUUUUUGUUUAUCCAACGUUCUGCUGGCCCGCUUAUGUUGGAUAAGUGAGACUCUACUAUACAUGCUGUUUUCACUUAAACACCAUAAACAUUGGCAAUUUUGGUACUGGGAAGGAGGUACGAACUGUCCCACAGAUGCCGCAAGAUAUAGGGAGUUGCGUUAUUGCUGUCACCCACUCGUCUGUCCUCCCGUGUCCAAGGAUGUUGCAGUCCUGCAACUAUCUGGUGAUACCCAAAGGACCCUCUGCAAACGACAUUUCUUACAAUGGAACCAACCUGUUGUCAUUUGCUUGCCACCAUAGAGUCGCUUCCCCUUUCUGGAGGUUCUUAGUCUAGUUCAGUCGAGUAACCGCUGGCAACCAGGCAUAAUAGUCAUAGUAAUGUUUGUAGUUUGGAAAUGCCGUGCAUUAGGGAGACAUGACUUCUGGGUUUUAUGUGCCAUUGUAACUCUCUUUGGAGGCAUCAGAGGAUAUGGGGUAUCAUUUAAAUUUGGGGAUGGAAACAGCCGCGCAUUCCCCCUCUUCCCAUUUUCCCCUACACUCCUAAACAAUCUAAGACUAGUAGGCAUGGGUUUUUAAAAGUUUUUUUAAUGAAACAGUGGACAUUAAUAUUGCUACAAUGCAGUCAAUCACAAGAGCCUUUGGGUGUGUUCAACUACAACUCUCAUCAUCCCCAUCCUGACUGACUCUUGAGAGUAGGGGAGUCGUAGUCGGACAUAUCCAAGAGGUGCCAUGUUGGGGAAGAACAAUUACAGGAUGCUUUUUUUAAUUUUUAAUUUUUACAUAAUUGUUUACAAUGUCUAGUCUAGCUUGUCCUAACCACACGGGGGAAAUGAAUAUAUAUAUAAAUAUGAAUAUAUAUAAAAUAUAAAUAUUAAUUUUAUAAGAACAUUACAAUUGUUUUGGCUUUUUCAGAACUUCUGUUUGCAUACCGUUUUGAAACUAUUUGGAGAAAAUAUGACUUUAUCAGAAAGCAUACACUUAACCUUGCAUACUACUGGAUUGUAAAAAAAAUAUGUGUAUGGAAUAAAACAGAAUUAGUUCCAUUGGUCUUCUAGUGUAUUAAAGUGAUAUCUCAAGUCGUUUUCCUGUUUUGACAAAGAGAAGUCUAAUUACAGACAGCUGUUUCUAAUGAUCAGAAAUCUAUUUUAGUAGUCAACUAAAAAAAGUUUUAGUUGUGAACUUCAGAUUUUGUGAACUCCAGAUGUUGUGCAGUGUGUUUUUUGAUUUUUAAGAAAAAGACAAAAAAAUUACCCAAAAAAACGAGAGAAAGGAGAGAAUCCUGGGGGGCAAAUGUAUGCCGGCACUGUAGCGAUAGCUUUCAAUAUUGUAAAGAAAUUGUUAUAUACCAAUCUUUUUGCUGUUACUCCUGUGUGUAAUAAAAGUCCUUUCUAGAUCCUAUGUGAGAAGGAAAAAAAAUACAACCAACCCUGAAGCAACAAGCAAUCCACAGCAUGUUUCCUCAUGAGCAAAGACUUGUGUAAUGUAAAUUUGUGCCAUGUUAUUAAAAAAUGUGAACUCAA